UUGUUGGUAAUGCAUCAAGUACAUGCUUCAGAAUUCCAAUGAUGAUGAAAACAGUGACAUCACAAACUCAUCCUUUGUUGUUGGGGGUCUCAGCCUGCCAUUUGCUCCAUUAAGCAGUAAUAUUAGUAGUAAUGUAGAAGUGCAACCAUGGCAGAGAGGAAUUAUGAGGGCCAUCUUUCAUCAGGCCACUCAUUAGUGUAACAACUAAAUCCUCUCUUAUGUUAAUUUCUUUACAUCUUCUCUCCCUUUAAGGCCAAACCAUUUCCUGCAUCAGUUCAAUAUUUUUCUUCACCAUGGAACCAAAAGAAGUUCACAGUGGUAUGCCAAAGAGGGUCACGUCUGGACUCACUUCUGCAAAAUCCGAAGAUGGACUCUUCCUUCGAGAAUCAUUAGAAAACAUAAAUACUUCCUUAUUGCAUACUCUGAACAACAUAUGUGUAGGUGAAGCUGGUGAUAAGUUUUUGGAAGAGCCAUGCAAAGGCAACAGUUUGGAGACCUGCAGUGAGAACGCAACAGGAAAAUAUCAAAAAGACAUUCAGGAAGUUGGAUACAAAAGCCUGCAAGUUAACGAUGAGAUGAAGGAUCAAAUCAAUGAAAAGAACAAGGAAGCCUUUAAAGCUCUUUCUAAGGGCGAACAUCAGAAAGCAGUUGAGCUGUUCACAGAAGCUAUUGAGCUGAAUCGAUAUAUUCCCAGUUCCUAUGUUAACCGUGCCCAUGUCUUUAUGCAGUUGCAGGAUCCAGUUUCUACCAUUAAAGACUGUGAUGUAGCAAUUGAGCUGAAUCCCAGAUCAGCAGAGCCUUUCAAAUUGAGAGGGAAAGCAUGCAAGAAUUUGGGACAUUUGAAGGAAGCAGCCUGUGACUUUGCUUUAGCAUCAAAAUUGGAAUACGAUGAAGAAGCCAAUGCUGUGCUAAGAAGGCUGAAGUUAGAGUUUCAAAGAAUUUCUGAGAGGCAGGCAAAGUGUGAUGUAAAAUAUAAGGAACCAUUGGUACGGGGGAGAAUUAAAAGUGCCUGGCUAUAUUUACAAAAUCAGGAAAAUGUUUAUAGAGAAAUAGACCCUUACACAACAUUGGAAAAUAAAAGGGCAAAUGAGAAAGAGGAGAUCAAGAUAGAUAGUGGUGGUGACUCCCAAGACAUGACUGAUGGAAAUGUAGGGAGAGAUAACAUGUGGAAGCUAGCCACUGAAAAAAAGAAGGAAGCUUUGGAUGCAGUGGAGAAAGGAGAAUUAGAAAGAGCCAUUGAACUGUUCACCGAGGCAAUCAAAUUAGCUCCUCAACUUACUGAUUUAUACAUUUGUCGAGCCAGUACUUUUCUGAAGUUGCACAUGCCAAAUGCUGCCAUAAGAGACUGUGACCAAGCCAUAAAAAUUAACCCUGAUACAGCAUUGCCAUACAAGUGGCGUGGGGGAGCUUUUUAUUUGUUGGGCUACUGGGAGAAGGCUGCUAAGGAUCUUACUUUGGCUUGUCAGAUGGAUUAUGAUGAUGACACCUACUCUGUGCUGAAGGAGGUACAAGUAGAGGCCCAGAAAAUCUGUAAAAUCAAGGACAAGCUUGAAGAAAAAUAUAACAAGGAGGAAUAUAAGGAAAUGAUGAAAAACAAGGAGGAUCAAGAGAGAAUUCAAGCAAAAGUGUCCCAAGAGAAACGAGAAAUGCCACAAAGUGUUUUAGAGAAACAGGGGAAAAGUACAUUCAAAACAUUUCAAUAUAAUAAUUCAGCAAACCACCCAAAGAGCCCCUUUUAUUUUCCAGAGGGACAAAGCAAAAUUUACACCAUGUAUGUAACAAAACAGGAAGAAGGUGAGCUUAUAGAUCAUGAAAAGCAUGACACAUCUAAACUGCAGGAACUGGGGAUUCAAGAGAAGACUAAGAAGAAUGAAAUAUACAUGAAGGGGUCCAUGAGUGAGGACAGUGAAUUAGAGAUCGACACUGAAGAAAUGAUUGAGCCAGAUGAUGAUGUUCCUCAAGAGAUGGGAGAUGAAAACUUGAAGGUUACAGAAGAAAUGAGGAAGCAGGCCAAUGAAAAGAAGAGGGACGCCAUUGAAUCAGUCAAUAAAGGUGAACUUUUAAGAGCUUUAGAUCUGUUCACUGAAGCUAUAAAGCUCAAUCCAAAAUGUACAAUCUUAUAUGCAAACCGAGCCAAGGUCUAUCUGGAGCUUGAAAAGCCACAUGCUGCAAUUAGGGACUGUGACAGAGCCAUCCAAAUCAAUCCUGAUUCUGCACAGCCCUACAAAUGGAGAGGGAGAGCACUACAGCUUCUUGGUUACUGGCAGAAGGCUACUAAAGACCUUGUGUUAGCCUGCCAGUUAGAUUACGAUGAAGAAUCCUAUGCAAUGUUGAAGGAGGUACAACCCAAGGCUCAGAAAAUUGCCAAAUACUGGAGGAGAUGGGAGAGGAAACUUCAGGAUGAAAAAUAUGAGGUACAAUUGGAUAAGAUUCAAAAAGUCUGUGGGGAAGAAGGAAGAACUCGGUGUAAUAUCCUGGAACUAGAAAGAGAUUAUAAGGAUGCUAGGGAACACCAACAGAGAUAUUGGGAAGAAACCAUAAUGGAGCAAGAAAGCGUCAGUGAAACAGUUCUGAGAAAACAAAAAGGUAUGUCUCAGGAGAAAGAACCAAAGAAAGGGAAACAAUACAGAUAUUUGGAGAGGGAAAUGGAAGAAGAAGAAAACUUUCGGCAUAAAUUGCUGGAAGAACAAGAUAAUUUUCAGGGAAAUGAACUGAAAAACCAGGGAAUGGUUCAGCAGAAAGAACUUGAAGAACAGCUGAGAGCUCUUCAGGAGGAGCUGGAGGAAAAGCUGAGAUCUUAUCAAGAACAAUUGGAUGAAGGUGAAAAUGCUAUGCAGAGAUUAUUAGAAGAACAAGAAAAAUCACAGCGGAACGUAUGGUAUGAACAAGAAAGAGAAUACAAAAUGAUCCUAGAAGAACAACAAAGAAUCCAGAUGUUGGUUUUGGAGGAAUUGACAAGAGCCCAGCAAGAGGCUAUGGAGGAACUGACAAGAGCUGAGCUAGAGGCUAUAGAGGAACUGGCAAGAGCUCAAAUUAAAGCCCUUGAGGAACAGGAUCAAGUUCGGCAACAAACCCUGGAGGAACUGGAAAGGGCUCAGAAAGCUCUUGAAACUCUAGAAAGAGCCCAUAAACAGGCUUUGGAAGAACAGAAGAGUGCUCACAUAACUGCCAUAGAAGAACAGGAGAAAGCUCAGAAAAAAUCGCUAGAAGAAAAGAAGAUGGCUGAAGCAGCUCUAGAAGAACUCUUAAAGACUCAAAAAAGGAUCCAAGAAGAGCAAGAAAGGGCUGAAAAGAAAGCAAGAGAAGAAAGGGAAAGUGCUCAGAAAGCUCUGAAAAAAUUAGAGAUUGCUCAGAAGAAGUCUCUAGAGGAACAGGAAAGGACCCAGAAAGCUCUUGAAUCUCUGGAAAGAGCCCACAAACAGGCUUUGGAAGAACAGAAGAAUGCUCACAUAACUGCCAUAGAAGAACAGGAGAAAGCUCAGAAAAAAUCACUAGAAGAAAAGAAGAUGGCUGAAGCAGCUCUAGAAGAACUCUUAAAGACCCAAAGAAAGAUGCAAGAAGAGCAGGAAAGGGCUGAAGAGAAAGCAAGAAAAGAAAGAGAAAGUGUUCAGAAAGCCCUAGAAGAAUUAGAGAUUGCUCAGAAAAAGUCUCUAGAGGAACAAGUAAGAGCCCAGAAAGCCCUGGAAGAUCUUGAAAGAGCUCAUAAACAGGCUUUGGAGGAACAGAAGAUAGCUCAGAUAGCUGCCCUAGAAGAACAGGAGCAAGCAAGGAAAAAAUCUCUAGAAGAAAAGAAAAUGGCUGAAGCAGCACUGGAAACACUCUUAACAGCUCAGAGAAAUAUUGAAAAAGAAACAUUAAAGAAAAUAACAGUCAAUGAAAGAAAAGUGAGUCUCAAAGAAUUAGAGAAGAAAGCUCUGGAGGAACAGGAAAGAGCUCAGAAAGCCCUGCAAGCUCUCGAAAGAGCCCAUAAGCAAGCAUUGGAGGAACAGAAGCAAGCACAAGAAAUAUCUCUGAAAGAAAAGAAGAUGGCUGAGGAAGCCAUAGAAAAACUCUCAAAGAUGCAGAGAAAAAUUCAAGAAGAACAGCAAACGGCUGAGAAGAAAGCAACGGAAGAAAGAGAAAUACUUCAGAAAAAGAUAGAACAAUUACAGAUGGCCCAGAAGGAAGCCUUGGAGGAACAAGAGAGAGCCCAGAAAGCUCUUAGUUCUGUGGAAAGUACUCAUAAACAGGCCCUGGAGGAACUGAAGAUAGCUCAGAUGGCUGCUAUGGAAGAACAGGAGCAAGCACAGAAGAAAUCUCUAGAAGAAAAGAAGAUGGCAGAGGCAGCCUUAGAAGAACUCUUAAAGGCUCAGAGAAUAUUCCAAGAAGAGCAACAAAGGGCUGAGAAGCAAGCAAAGGAAGAGAAGAAAGUACUUCAAAAAAGGCUAGAAGAACUCCAGAUUGCUCAAAGGAAGGCUUUGGAGGAAGAAGAGAAAGCUAGGAAUGAACAGGAGAGAGCUCAAAAAGCUCUUAGUUUUGUGGAAAGUGCUCAUAAACAGGCUAUGGAAGAUCUGAAGACAGCUCAGAUGGCUGCCAUGGAAGAACAAGAGCAAGCACAGAAGAGAUCUCUAGAAGAAAAGAAGAUGGCAGAGGAAGCAUUGGAAAAACUCUCAGAGGCUCAGAGAAUAUUCCAAGAAGAGCAACAAAGGGCUGAAAAGCAAGCAAUGGAAGAAAAAGAAGUAUUUCAAAAAAGGCUAGAGGAAUUACAGAUUGCUCAGAAGAAGGCCAUGGAGGAACAGAUGAAAGCUGGCAAGGCUCUGGAAGCUCUGGAAAGUGCUCGUAAACAGGCGCUAAUUGAACAGGAGAAAGCUCAGAGGGCAGCCAUGGAAGAACAAGAGCAUGCACAGAAAAAAACUCAAGAAGAAAAGAAAAUGGCUGAAGCAACCUUGGAAGAGCUCCUAAGAACUAAGAGAAAGUUCCAAGAAGAGCAGAAAAGAGCUGAGAAACAAGCAACAAAAGAAAGAGAGGCACUUCGGAAAGAAAUGGAAGAGUUAGAAAUUGCUCGGAAGAAAGCCUUGGAGGAACAAGAGAAAGCUCAGAAAACUCUGGAUGCUCUGGGGAAAGCCCAUAAACAGGCUCUAGAGGAACAGAAGAAAGCUCAUUUGUCUGCAACUGAAGAACAGGAGCAAGCACAGAAAAACUUUUUACAAGAAAAGAAAAUGGCUGAGGCAGCUCUGGAAGAACUCUUGAGAAAGGUCCAAGAAGAGCAAGAAACAGCUGAGAAGAAAGCAAUGGAGGAACGAAUGAUAGCCGAGAAAACUCUAAAAGAAUUAGACACUGCCCAGAAGAAGGCAUUAGAAGAUUUAGAAACAGCAAAGAAAAAAGCCAGGAAAGAACAGGAAAAAGCCCAGAAAGCUAUUGAUUCUCUGGAAAAAGCCCAUAAGCAACUUCUGGAGGAACAAAAGAAAAUGCAGAAAAAAUCUCUGGAAGAAAAGAAAAUGGCUGAAGCAGCUUUGGAAGAACUCUUAAAGACCCAGAGAAAAGUCGAAGAAGAACAGAAAAGGGCUGAAGAGAAAGCCAUAGAGGAAAAAGAGAGAGCGCAAAAGGAUCUGGAAAAAUUAGAGGCUGCUCAGAAGAAUGCUCUUGAGGAACAGGAAAAAGCUCAGAAAGCCUUUGAAGAUCUAGAAAACGCUCAUAAACAGUUCCUAGAGGAACAGAAGAAAGCACAGCAAAACUCUCUAAAAGAAAGGAAGAUGGCUGAGGCAGCUCUAGAGUUGCUCUCAAGGACCCAGAGAAAAAACCAAGGAGAGCAGGAAAGGGCUGAAAAGAAAGCUAUAAAAGAAAGGAAGAUGAGUCAGAAGUCCUUGGAAGAAUUAGAGAUUGCUCAAAAGAAAACUCUGGAAGAGUUAGAGAUAGCUCAGAAAAAGGCCAUAGAAGAAAGUGACCUUGUUCAAAACCAGGCCAGAGAAGAACAAAGGAAAGCACAUUUGGCUAAGGAAGAACUGGAGAGAGCACAUGUCAGGGCCAUAGAGGAGCAGCAGAGAGCUCACACAGCAGCUUUGGAAGAACAGCAGAAAACUAAGAAGAUGCUUAUUGAACUAGAGGAGACACGAAGAAAAUUCUUGGAGGAACAAGAACAGGCAUAUAUGAAGGCUCGAGAGGAACAAGUUAGAGUUCACUAUGCUACACAAGAAUUAGCAAAGAUACAGAGAGCAGCUAUGGAAGAGCAAGAGAGAGCUCGGAAGACCGCCAUAGCAGAACAGCAGAAAGCUCAGAUGAUGAUGGAACAAUUGGAGGAAAAACAGAGAAAAGCUCUGGAUGAACAGGAGCAAACACGGAUGAAGGCCCUCGAGCAACAAAAGAAAGCUCAAUGUGCUAUGGAAGAACUGGCAAAGGCUCAAAAGGUAGCUCUUGAAGAACAAGAAAAGGCUCAGAAGAAAGCCAUAGAAGAACAAAAGAGAGCCCAAGUGGCUAUGGAAGAACUACAGAGAGUACAAAAACAGGCCUCGGAGGAAAUGGAAAGGCAACAGAACAAAUGUCCAGCAGAAAUUCAAGAGCCUGUUCUUAAAAAGAUUAAUGAAGCAGGCAAAAUAAUACAUAAAAGGAGUUCUAGUGACCCAGAAGGAACUCAAAAUAAAGAGCUAAAUGUAAUUCAUAACAAUCUCUGUGUUGAGCAAGACAAGGCUACCAAAGACCUAGAACUGAAAGAGCAUCCACAAUGUCAGAAGAGCGCAGGGCAAGAGAAGAGUUCCGAAAGGCCAUUCCUCAACACUGUUUUGGACUUUUUUCAAACUGAAUACAUUCCAGAAUUCUGAUCCUGUGUAAGAAAAGAAAACUGAUUUUGAAGGCCAACUGCAGGUAUUGUGUAAAUUAAAGUAACUGGGAGAGAAG